AUGGACAGCCACCGGCAGCAUCAGCCAGCUCCGCAGUACAGGGGCGUGAGGCGGCGGAAAUGGGGCAGGUGGGUGUCGGAGAUCCGGCAGCCGGGCACCAAGGUCCGCGUGUGGCUCGGAAGCUUCGACUCGGCGGAGAUGGCGGCGGUGGCGCACGACGUGGCGGCGCUACGGCUGCGCGGGCCGCGGGACGCGCAGCUAAACUUCCCGGGAUCCGUCGGCUGGCUGCCCCAGCCGGCGACCACGGACCCGGCGGACAUCCGUGCGGCGGCGGCAGAGGCAGCUGAGCGGGUGCGUCGCGAGCCGGCGCUGGCGGUUGCCGCCGCCCCAGCCAAUCACCCGGCGGUCGAGCUGGGGGUUGACGGCGAGUUCGACGACCAGCUGGAGUCGCCCAAGCUGUGGGCCGAGAUGGCAGAGGCCAUGCUGCUGGAACCUCCCAGAUGGGACCAGGAUGGCAGUGACGCUGCCGAGAGCUCCCAAAGCUGGCCGCAAGGCUCCCUCUGGGACGCGUGCUAA